AUAAUUACAACAACUCCUCCAUUCCUAAAUUACUUCAACUCAGUCUCCCUCUCCAUCCCUCCCCCACUUCCACAACAAUGGCCACCCACUCGCCGCCCUACGAUCUCGAAGGGGCCAUGUCCUACUCCCCCAUCCCCGCCGGCCCCCACCGCACCUCCUCCGCGGCGGAGCCCCACCGGCCCAAGAAGCUCCUCGCCAGAAUCUUGUUUUCAUCUUUCCUUUUGCUGUCAUUAGUCCUCUUGGUUGUCAACCAAAGGCCAGCCAAACUCGAUAUUGUAGAAACCACGCCGUCAACUUCAGUUAAUGAUUUUUCUCCGGCGAGGCCUCUGACUGAGCCACCGUCAAGGGGGGUGUCGAUGGGAGCGUCGGAGAAGGUUUUCCGGCGGGUUAGCGGCGGAGAGUUGACUUUUUCUUGGAGUAAUGUUAUGCUGUCCUGGCAGAGGACGGCCUACCACUUUCAACCGGAAAAGAAUUGGAUGAAUGAUCCUAAUGGUCCAUUGUUUCACAAGGGAUGGUAUCAUCUGUUCUACCAAUACAAUCAAGAAUCAGCUGUUUGGGGCAACAUCACAUGGGGCCAUGCAGUGUCAAGGGAUCUCAUCCACUGGCUCCACCUCCCCUAUGCAAUGGUCCCUGAUCAAUGGUACGAUGUUAACGGAGUUUGGACGGGGUCGGCCACGAUUCUGCCCGAUGGUCGGAUCAUGAUGUUGUACACUGGAGACACACAUGAUGUCGUGCAGGUGCAGUGUCUAGCCUACCCGGCUGACCUAUCUGAUCCCCUCCUCCUUAAAUGGGUCAAAUACCAGAAUAAUCCGGUCAUGGUCCCUCCACCCGGUAUUGGCCAUAAGGACUUUAGGGAUCCGACAACCGCUUGGCUUAGCCCAGAUGGUGAUAAGUGGCGGAUCACAAUUGGGUCGAAGAUUAAUACAACGGGUAUUUCACUUGUUUAUGAGACUGCUGACUUCUUCAAGUAUGAGUUGUUGGAUGGGUACUUGCAUGAGGUCCCGGGUACGGGUAUGUGGGAGUGCAUUGAUUUUUAUCCAAUUUCUUUGACGGAGUCAAAUGGGUUAGAUACAUCGGCUAAUGGGCAGGGUAUUAAGCAUGUGAUGAAAGUAAGUUUGGAUGAUGACAAGAAUGAUUACUAUGCGCUUGGAACGUAUGACCCGGUUAAGAACAAGUGGACACCCGAUGACCCGGAAUUGGAUGUGGGUAUUGGCCUAAGAUAUGACUAUGGGAAAUACUAUGCAUCAAAGACAUUUUAUGACCAAAAUAAGAAGAGGAGAAUUUUGUGGGGUUGGAUUAGAGAAACUGAUGCUGAAGCACUUGAUAUCUUGAAAGGAUGGGCUUCGGUUCAGUCUAUUCCAAGGACCGUUGUGUUCGACCAGAAGACAGGCAGCAACAUACUCCAAUGGCCUGUAGAAGAAGUGGAGAGCUUGAGAUCAGAUAGUUUAGAGUUCAAUGCGAAGCUUGAACCAGGAUCAGUUGUGCCCAUUGAAGUCGACUCAGGAUCACAGCUAGACAUAGUUGCCUCAUUUGAGUUAGACAAAGAGACGUUUGAGGUGACAACUGAAGCAGACAUCGGAUAUGACUGUCCUACAAGCGGUGGUGCCGUUAAUAGGGGAAUGUUAGGACCCUUCGGCAUCGUUGUUCUUGCUGAUGAAAAUCUAUUGGAGUUGACACCAAUCUACUUCUACAUUGCUAAAGGGCCUCAUGGGAAGGUCGAGACUCAUUUUUGUGCCGAUGAGUUGAGGUCAUCGGUAGCUCCUGAUGUCGACAAAAUAGUUUAUGGGAGCAAAGUCCCUGUGCUCGAUGGUGAAAACUUAACCAUUAGAUCAUUGGUGGAUCACUCCAUUGUUGAGAGCUUUGCACAAGGAGGAAGGAGAGUAAUCACAUCGAGAAUUUACCCUACAACGGCCAUUGGUGGUGCAGCGCGCGUUUUCUUGUUCAACAACGCAACAAGAGCCAGCGUCAAUGCAUCCAUCAAGAUCUGGAAGAUGAGCUCCGCCAAUAUUCGCCCGUUCCCUUUGGAUCAACUUUGACGCAUCCAAAAAUCGUUGUUUUCAUCCAUUCACACUUGAUGAAGGAAAGAGAUGGGAAAAAUUGAUUAUGAGAUUAUUUGUCUGCUGGACCUUAGCUUAGAAAUGGAAGGCUUGUCCAGCAGUUGUUCAAUAGUUUUGGCGUGUUUUUGGAUUUUUGAACAUGUGAUUUAUGUAAUUAUUUGCAAAUAAUUUAAAUUUUAAUUUUUUAAUUUCUCUUCCCUUUUUCCUCCUCUAGUAUAUCAUUACAAGGUUGUAAUAAAACAAAAUAUCAAU